AUGAAGCCUUUAAACUCCCGAAUCUCCCAAGAUGGUUAUCACUGGAUCUCAAAAGCAAUCGACACUUUGGAUCCCGAAGUAGACUACGAGAAUAUAUGGCGUCUGACAUCAAGCUAUCAGCUUUCAGACUUCGCCAAUAACUUGGUCUACACCCUCACUUUCCCCAACUUUGUCAUCCCUAUGCAUGGAGCAGAAGUGGUAUGGCGCUCUGACGGCGGCAAAGUCGUCCAUAAAGCCGUCGACCGAGUCGAAAAGACGGAGCACUACAACAUGGCAUGGUGGUACUACGGUCCUAGUGACCAACGUUGCCGCAACGCUGUUGAGAGAAUCAAUCAGCUACACGCUGGCCUCGCAGGGCAGUAUCCUGGAAGGUUUUCUCACAACGAGGACUACGUCUACACACUCACCUUCAGCGCCGUGUUGAUGCAUCGUCUGAGGAUACGGCUCGGCUUCUCUGGCUUCACAGAAAAGCAAAAGAUUGCUGCUCACCACUUCUGGCGGGAUAUGGGUCCUCUAUUCCAGGUCGAAGGCAAAGGCACUGUGAAGGACUACCCAGCAGACUUUGAUGGGUGUAUCGCUUUCUGCGAGGCGUACGAGCAUUCUCCCCGAGAGUAUAACGAGAAAGCUCGAUAUAUCGGUCUCUCUAUCUUCAACCUCUUUGCCUAUCGAUACUUUCCCCCUGGCCUGCGAUGGUUCGGCAUGGCGUUUCCCCGGACGCUGUCUCUGCCAACGACGCUGAGCGCAUUCCGUAUCGAGCCGGCCAACCCCGUGCUAGCAGCCAUCAUCAUCUUCAUCGUCAGAAUGGUGUUCCUCGUCACGGAUGUUUUGUUACCCGAUCCCAAAAUUCCAUUCUUCGAAAGGUUGGAGACGCUUCCGGAGAUGGAGGCACGAAAGCGAAAAGAGGAGACUAGGGCCUUGGACAAGUCCUUUGAGCAGUUCAUCAUGUCUCAAUUGAGCGGCCCUAGCUGUCCGUUUAGCGCAAAAUUGCAAUAG